AUGUGUACAAUAGCUGUAGCAAGGGAAGUUGAUCGGGGCAUUUUUUGCCUGGAGGAGAGUGGUUUUAUCUCUUCAAACAAUGAACUUGCUUCUCAAGCAGAAACUUGGGAACAGACUUCGUUGUAUGCACCUACCCCGGGUAAUCUUGACCGCCAUACGCCAUCUGUUUACUGUCCUUCCACAAGCCGUCUAAACGCUGAACGUUCGUCCUCCUUGCCUCUACCGGCCGGCUUAGGCUAUCACGAUGAAGCUGGCAAUGGUAAUCUACGAUCACGUCAGGACGAUGCACAAACGUAUAUCAACUAUCCAAUCGAGUAUAGGGCGCUUGUCAACAAUCGCAGCGUAGCUAGAGCUACUGAAAAAGAUGUGGUCUUAAAACCCUCUUCAUACUGGCAACAAAUAAAGGAGAAGGCCGAUCAAGCUGUGCGCCAGCGCUGGAGGAAGGCAAGCAAUCGGCAUGUACGGUCAGAUGAGACUACUAUUGUGGUUUCUGUAAACGACCGUUCCAAGCGUGACCUUACAUGCAACAUAUCCUUCUUCCUGGGAGGAAAGUCACCUUCAGAUAGUCAGAACUGGACCCCAAACUUCGAAGAGGUACGGGCCUCAAUACCGUUCGCAAUCGCCACGGGCCGACUCGACGCCACUUAA